AAUAAUCAUAGCCACCCACCCACCCACCCAAAAGUCUCAUUCCUAAUUCUCUGUUUGCUUCAACCUCUCCUCCCUUCACAUAACUUCAAAACCAUAUAUAUAUUCACUUCAACCUCCCCUAAUUCUCCAUUUCCACACAACAAAGCAAAAGAAAGAAACAUAUAUCUUCUAGCUUCCAAAUGGGUUUUGAUGAUCCUCAUGCUUGUAACACAGGCCUUGUCUUAGGUUUAGGUCUCACAGCUUCCCAAGAGAGCACCAGUCCUACUCCACAAAAGGCUCACCAUCAGAUGAAUCCCAUGCUCAAGAAGCCUAAUUCCUUUGAGCCAUCUUUAACUUUGGGUCUCUUUGGAAAUAGUUUUCAUGAGGAUGAUCAUCAAGGGAAUAGUCUUGAUUUGUAUAGGCAAGGGUCUCCUCAUAAUAGUCAUAGCGCAGUUUCUAAUUCCUUCUCGAGUGGUAGAGUGGUCAAGAGGGAGAGAGACCUCAGCAGUGAGGAGGUUGAGGUUGAGAAGGUCUCUUCCAGAGUGAUUAGUGAUGAAGAUGAAGAUGGUCCUAAUGCAAGAAAGAAGCUCAGGCUCACCAAAGAACAAUCUGCGCUCUUAGAAGAAAGCUUCAAACAACACAGCACUCUCAAUCCUAAGCAAAAGCAAGCUUUAGCCAGGCAGUUAAGUUUGAGGCCUCGACAAGUAGAAGUUUGGUUCCAAAACAGGAGGGCCAGGACAAAGCUUAAGCAAACUGAGGUGGACUGUGAGUUCUUGAAGAAAUGCUGUGAGACUCUGACAGAUGAGAACCGGAGGCUACAGAAAGAGGUACAAGAACUCAAGGCACUGAAACUCAGCCAACAACAACCGUUGUUCAUGCACAUGCCGGCGGCGACUCUCACCAUGUGUCCUUCCUGUGAAAGGAUCGGAGGCGUGGGAAGCGAAGGUGCUAAUUCAAAUAAGAGCCCGUUUUCAAUUGCUCAUACGAAGCCUCACUUCUAUAAUCCCUUCACCAAUUCUUCUGCAGCUUGUUAAUUAAUUAUGAUUAGAGUAUUAAUUAAUUAAAUACUUUAUUAAUUAGGAUAAUGAAUUAGAUAAGGAAAAAAAAAGAGAUAUCCAACCCCCUCCAUCCCAUAACCCCUAUUUUUCUUUUGGUUAAGGGCUUGUAGUCAAAAGGGUGUAUUGUAAUUAAUUUGUAGAAAUGAUAGUAAUUACGAUCAAUUACCUUUACCUUUUUUGAGCUUUUAUUUAAUAUGUUUGUAAAUCGUUGAACAAUAUAUAUGAAGGGAAUAUUACUGUUUAUUUUUU